AUGAUGGGCGUGAGUGUCCGUGGGUGUCCGUGGGUGUCAGUUGGCAAGUGGAUGCAGAAGGGGAGGUCUGGACAGUCUCGUGCCGAACCGAGGGCUGUCCUUGCCCCUGACGCCGUCCAGCCAAUGGCAGCCCGUGCCUGUGACUCGGCGGCCAAAAGCCUCGUCAGCGUCGUGGCACGAGCAUGGCCUUGCUUCGUCCGUCUGCCAUUUCUAGAUUGCCAUGGACAUGGCUGUGGCGUUCUAGCUCCCACACUAUUUCCAGCGCCUCCCGACGCCAUCGGGAAUACCACCAUAACAAGGAGCCUCGUCGGCACCUUGGUCGUACAGCCCCAUCGCCUUCCUUCCCGCAAUCCAUCCGUCCCCACAGCCCGGCAUAAGAAACGUUGA